AUGCCGGCUGCACCAGGGCUCACUCGAAGGCCACAGGGCGGGGCGGCCUCUGGAACUGGGGCUCGGAUGCUGGGCUCGGAACAGAACCCUGGCGAGGAGGGAGUGCAGGCCUGGCCGCGACGGAGACACUUUCCAUGCAGAGAGAGCAUAGACCUCUCAUGCUGUAGCGGCGAAAGACAGAGGCUCCCACCUUCAGACCCUUGCCUCCUUCCUCGUGAUUUGCUGCAGGGCCAGGGAGGGGCGAGCUGGAAAAGAGGUGUCCUGGAAGAUGGACUGUCCUCUAAUGGUGUGCCCCGACCUACAGCCCCAGGUGGAGCACCCAACCUGGAGAAGAAGAUGAGCUGUGGGACCCAGUGCCCCAAUCCCCAAGGCCUCGCCUCAGGCCCUCUGACCCAGAAACAGAAUGGCCUUCGGACCACGGAGGCUAAAAGAGAUGCUAAGCGAAUGUCCACAAAAGAAGUCACCAUUAAUGUUACAGACAGUAUCCGGCAGGUGGACAGAAGUCGAAGAAUCACGAAGAACUGUGUUAACUAGCAGAGCGUUCGACCGGAGGGGCAGGUGGACGUCUUUGGUGCCCUCCACACACUGGAGCCCGUCAGGGAAGCUUGAGGAAGCGGCUGGGCCUGGCUGAGUGCCUGCAGAAGACUGUCCUGCCUGGCAGCCAGCGGCAGCCUGGGCCCUGGGGAUACUGUUGGCCUCCUCCUCACCACAGAACUGAGGGCUGGCAAAUGGUAAAUAGCUGCAAAAUGUACAGUCAGUUUGCCUCUUGGCAACUCCUGCAAUACAGUCUGAUGUAAAAGUGGUGAGCGAAGCCACAGGCGGGUUUGUGACACAGAGAGCAGUAGACGGAGCGCCCUUCCUGGGAGAGAGGUGCGCACGUGGGUUCUCAGCUGCCCUGGCCCUGGCGGUGCGCGCUCCUGAGGGUCAGCUGCUUCUUCCGUUCCUUCUUUCUGAACGCCACUGUCAGGAAGCUUAUCGUGUUCACUUUAAAGUCGUCUUUGCGCACCUGUAAACCCAAAUCUAGGAGAAGUCAAGAAACAAGGAAACCAGCUGUUACACCUGUUUCCUUAGCUCAGUCGGAGACAGGUUCAGAUCCGGUUUCACGCAAACCAACCCCGCCCAUGCUCGAGCAUGUUUGGGGAGGUCUCUGUGAUGCGGUCCCACCCGCUUUUCCUCUGCCUUCAGAGUCCCCCCCACCUACUGGCGUCCCUAACAGCCUUCCUACCGCAACAUCGAGGCCACCGUGGUCCACGCAUCUGACCAGGACGGCCCCCGGGGCUCAGCCAGACGCUGCUUUUGCAGAGCGCUCCAGUUCUCCUUGCUUGUGCUCCCGAGUGACUUCUCUCCGGUUGGGUCAUUGGCCCUUGUUAAAGCAUAGACACCGCUCACAGGAGAGAGAUCAUCCAGAACGUAUCGGUAGCACAUACAGCCUCCUUCUGGCCCCUCGUUCGCGGUGUGAGGACUACGAUGUUUGCUGUGAAGGAAUCGCUUUAGGAAGGCAGUGCCUAGCUGAGCGGUCACAUUGACUGAUGUGCACUGUGUUAGAAAUCAGAGGCGGUAAAAACAUAUUUUGAUAGAUUAAAAUGAUCUAACAUUUCUUUAAACCUGUUAAGGUGGAAGUAUCUUCCUCCGAAGUAAGUAGAAUAAUUUUAAAGGAUUGUUGACGUGCCUGGAUUGGGAAAGAUUAGGAUUAAGUUGUACCGAAUGAUACCAAUAAACUCCAUGUUUGGCAGAAA